GUGAGUGGCGGCAGUCAACCAAACCAACAUUGCCUUUAUCACACAACACGACGAUGAUUGUGGCACUGCUCUGGCUUGGUCUUGUGCAAAGCGAGUUUCAGUUAUCUAUGAGACGUCGACGCGGUCGUGCAUAGAAGCGGAUUUAUUUCGACUCUUGUUUCCAAUCUCAAAGCUAAGCCCGCAAAUAAAUUUCAUGUAUGUGCAUGUUUGUUGCGUGUGUGUGAGCGCGUUUUAAAAUUGACAACAAGUUUUCAAGUCUCGCUGUGUGUUUUUAUACGAGUGUGUGCGUUUAAAGUGAGAAAAGAAUAAUAUUGAAGAAAAAAAAAAAACACAUUAAAAAAAUUAAUAAAACAAAGUAUUGAGCUUGGCUUUUUGUCAAAUCAUAAAACGUAAACAAAACCAAUGACAACUUGGGAGGAAGAGAGCAGAAAAUAACAAACGGAAAGUUCAUUAGCCAAAAAUUUACAAUAAGAAAACGGAAAACCCCUUGCUGAAAUUAAAGGCCAGCUUAAAAUAAAACGGGCUUUUUGAGAAACACCUUCAGGUGAAUGUUGUUUUUUUUGGCUUGGCGCGUUCGUCUCCAUGUCGUGAGUGUUCGAGUGUGUGCGUGUGUCUCCAUGUAUGUGCGUACGUGUGUGUUUUAAACAAUUGUUGUUUUUAGAAGAAAAAAACCAAACCUACGUCUUUUCUAUCACUCUUCUCUCCUCUAUCAAAUGCAAAAAAUAAAACAGAAAUAAUAAUAAAAUAAAUACGUAUUGACUGACGAAGUCUUUGUUUGAAUCUUUUAAAACCAAAACGUACCAAGUGCCGUAUUGAAUUUUAAUGUUUAAAUGAAAAUCUAUAAAUAACAACAACACCAAUAACGUAAUACUUAUCUCAGUAUAAUUAAAAGCAGUAAAUUUGCAAAACAAACAAAAAAAUAAUUAUAAUUAAUUUCAAUUCAAAAUAAUCAGAAAUUCUUGGAAGUGGAAUUGUUGUUAGUCUCUCCGGCUGUUUUGUGGGCUGUGAAAUUGUUUAAGUGAAGAAAACAUUGAUCAUCAUCUCUCGGGCGAAUUUGAUUUUUGCCAUCAAGCAUCCAGUCUCGCCGCCUAUUGUUUUAAUACGGAAAUUUUGUUAUUUUUUGCGGUUAAUCUGCCUGCCUAACCUGCUUGUCCCAUAUUCGGAAACAGCGCAUUAUUAACGUGUUUAUAGAAACGUUCGGAUCGGAAAUUGUUUGUGGAUAAGUUGCUGUAGUUGUGAAAAUUGAGAAGAGUAUUUAGUUUUUUUACCGAUUGAAACCUGAGGAUAUAUAAACAAUAAGGAUUAUUAUCAUUGGAUUUAAUUUUUUCUGGAAAUAAUUUAUUCAACAUUAACAUUGAAUUGAUAAUCAAGUGCAGAUUAAAAAACAAAGAUUUGUGUUAUUUCACUAAACUAACCAACCAACCAACCAGUCUGCUGCCGCACAACAUACAAUGGAAUUCUGAUCUGGAAUAGGUACGACCACAUAAAUCCUAGGAUAUAUCAACACCAGAAUUAACGCAUCAUCCUAGCUGCGGAAACUCAAUUAAUUAUUAACAAUCAUUAAAUCAAGGUACUUGUGAAAAACGUCUUUUCCGUCUCUUAAAUAACAACGGCAACAGGACCACCAUUUUAACAAUACAAAUCCAACAAGCCACACAUCCCAAAAAAAAUGAAUCUCAAAUUAAAUAGGCGUUCCAGAACGCCUACAACGCCCCUGCUGAAAAUGUCCACAACCUGCAGCCUUCUAAUACUGCUUUGCAGUCUAAGUAUAAACUUGCCAUUUUCCCGAGCAAUUAAUCCAGAUGCACUGCGACUGCGGGACGAAUGUAUGGAGUUAUCGGGUAAAAACAAAUGUGAAUGUGUACCCCUGCUAUCCGAUAUACAAAUUCAAUGUCCCAUGGAAAAUCCAAAAAUUGCCAUUAAAAUACGACCCGGUGAUCAUGUCAAUAUUCAGUGUUUUAACACGAACUACAAGGAUUACAAAUUGAUGCCAACAAUGCAAAUUGGAAAUACCACACAAAUUCAAAUCCAGGACUGUCCAUUGCCGGGGCAUUUGCCCAUUGCCAGUAUACCGCAGGGUUUGGGUAUUACAAAAUACACAACUCUACUGUUCGCCACCAACAAUGAUUUGGGCACGAAUAUCACAAGGGAACAUUUGAGUGGUCUACACUCGCUGAGACGCCUACGUUUUAGUUCUUCCCAUUUGCUGAACAUGCCCUCAGAUCUAUUUGCCGAUCCUUCGCUGAGAAAUCUUACAUGGAUUGAUUUGCGUUCCAAUAAUGCCGAACUGCCUGCGGACAUUUUUGCCCAAUUGGAAAAUCUGGUUUUCAUUGAAUUGGGCUAUAGCCACCUCAAGAAACUGCCACAUGGAGUGUUCCGCAAUCAAAAGAACCUACAAAUUCUUAAUUUGUGGAGUAACGAGUUACACAACUUGACCAAGGAAACAUUUGCCGGCAUUACAUCCCUUACCGAAUUGGAUUUGAGUAACAAUGGCAUUGAAACCUUCCCACAUGAUGUUUUCGAAUACCUGCCAAACCUGAUCAACAUUAAUUUGAAUAAAAACCGCUUCCAUUCACUUCCAGAGGGCCUCUUUAAAAAUAACAAAAAAUUGGAAAAGUUAAGACUAAACUAUAAUCGUGUACCGCUGAGAAGUUUACCCAGUGCACUGUUGGCCAACUUGCCCGCAUUGUCGGAUGUUCGUUUGGCCACCGAUUUGGAAUCGAUACCGGGUGACAUAUUUGCCAAUUCUACUGGGCUGGAAACAAUUGUCAUUGUGGACAAUAAAUUGGGCACCCUGCCGGUGGAGCUGUUCGAAAGUCAGGCGAAUCUACAAACUUUGGAGCUGUCCAAUAACCAUUUGACAAAUUUGCCGGAUUUUAUAUUCCACAAUACCAAAAAUUUGAAAGUUCUGAAAUUGGAUAAUAAUCAGCUGACGGAGAUCACGGCCGCCCUCUUUUUGUCGUUGACGGAACUCAAAGAACUGGAUGUGAGCAACAAUCAUUUGACCACCAUUAACUACGAUGCUUUCCUCAACACACAAAGUUUGGAAGAUCUGAAUUUGGAAAAUAAUCGCCUGUCGCUCAGUGAACGUUUCACAUCAUACAUAGAGGAGGGCAUUUCACCCUCCAAUGGAGCCUCUCCCUUCCAGGCAGCCUCAAAAUUGACACGAUUGAAUUUGAAAAAUAAUUCCAUAAUGUAUAUUGCCCAAGACUGGCGUUUGACAUUGCCAAAUCUCCAGGAUUUGGAUUUGAGCUACAAUGAGAUCACGAUGAUAAACGAAGAUGAUGUACAGUUCUUGAAUAAACAUGAUUUGCGGGUGAAUUUGACACACAAUCAGCUAAGAUUGGUGAAUUUUAUUGGCAUUAAUGUCUAUGGAGCACCGAAUGCGGCAAUUAAUGUUGAUGUCAAUGACAAUCCCAUGGAAUGUGAUUGUUUCCUGUUGGCCUUUGUCCAGUACAUUAGAGGAGAAAAUGGACAGGGUAAACAAAAGUUGCUGAAAAUGAAUGUGGACAAUUUGCAUUGCAGUACACCGGAACCGUUGAGCGGACAAUUGGUGAAGAGUUUACAUCCCAUGGAUUUGUUGUGCCCAUACGAUCAAGAGAAUUCCAAUCCCAAACGUUGUCCACAGGGUUGUAAUUGUUGGGUGCGAAGCUUUGAUAAAAUGCUCAUGGUGAACUGUAGCAAUGGUAAUUUGACCCAACUGCCGGCGUUGCCAAAUAUUGAGGGCCAAUUGGCCGGCACGGAAUUGUAUGUGGAAAAUAACAACCUGACCCAACUUCCCUUGGCCUCAUUGCCCGGCUAUGGCAGUGUGGUGAAAAUAUAUGCUGCCGGUAACAAUCUCUCGAUGAUUGAGGGUUCCCAGCUACCCCAGAAUAUCAGUUAUUUCGAUGUGCGUCGCAACAAUUUGAAAUACUUCAAUGAGAGUACCAUUAACUUUUUGAACGAAAGUCGGGCCCUGAAGACCCUCUAUUUGUCGGGAAAUCCCUGGAACUGUGAUUGUGAUGCCAAACCGCUGUUUAUGUUUGCCCAAAGGAAAUACGACAUGAUCAAGGAUUUCAGUGACAUGGCAUGUGUAAACUUCCCCACUGUCAAGUACAUUAGUGAGCUAUCCAUUACCGAUAUUUGUUCCGACAAUGAGCUAUAUCUGGCCAUGGGCAUUGCCAUUUCGGUAAUGGGUUUGGUUAUUGGUGCCGUGGCUGCUUUGUACUACAAAUAUAACAAGGAAAUUAAAAUUUGGUUAUAUGCCAACAAUUGCUGCCUGUGCCUGGUCACCGAGGAGGAACUGGACAAGGAUAAGAAAUAUGAUGCCUUUAUCUCGUACUCCCACAAAGAUGAGCAAUUCAUUUCCGAUUAUUUGGUACCGGAACUGGAAAAUGGUAAUCCCUCGUAUAAGUUGUGUGUCCAUGCCAGGGAUUGGCUGGUGGGCGAAUGUAUACCCGAUAAUAUCAUACGUUCGGUGGAGGACUCCCGGCGCACCAUAGUGGUGUUAUCACAAAAUUUCAUUGAAUCGGUGUGGGCAAAAAUGGAAUUCAAGGCUGCCCAUCAGGCCUCACUCAAUGAGGGCAGGGUACGUGUCAUUGUGAUUAUUUAUGGCGAUAUUGGUAACAUUGAUAAUUUGGACUCGGAUCUCAAGGCCUAUUUGAAAAUGAACACCUACUUGAAGUGGGGUGAUCCACGGUUCUGGAGCAAACUGCGUUAUGCCAUGCCGCAUUCGGUAAACAGUGAUCUGCGGGGUUUGGUCAAGACCACCUUGAAGGGCUCAACAGAUGAUAAAUUGGAGUUGAUAAAACCCUCACCGGUAACACCCACACUGACCACACCGCCUGGCGAGACGACCAAAAAUCCACUCGUUGCCCAUUUAAAUGGUGUGGGUGCCACCCAGACAGCGGUCAUGUUUGCCAAUGGCAAAACGCCUGCCUACUACACCAAUGGCAAAACGACGACGACCACAACGACAACAACAAUGCAAAAUGGUCACAUCAAUGGAGCCUUCAUCAUCAACACCAAUGCCAAGCAGAGCGAUGUAUAGAAUUGGGAGAAGGCGGAAAUGUUUCAGUUUGAUGAUGUCCUUUACCGAUGAAACAUUUUAAACGCUCUAUCUAUCACUUGCGCGCUCUGUGAAAAAUCUCCUCUCUACUUUGGAAAGCAGUAAUCUCAACCAGAUCACCAAUCAAUCGUCAUCGUAAACUUCAUCAUCGUCAUCAUUCAAAGAAGCAAACAAACAAACAACCAAUCAACCACCACCACCACCACCACCAAAUGAAUAUCAAACGGACUGAAGUGCUUUAAAAAGCUUCAAAUUAUAAACAAAAAAAUAAAAGCAAAUCGUAUAAAACGUCUCUUAUUUUUUUUCUCUCCCUUCCUACCCUAACUUGAAUUUUUCUUAGAACCCUAAGAAAACAAAUAAUAAUUUUUUUAUACAACAUUUCCUUAAUUAUAAAUAUUUGAAUUUUUUGAUACUGUGUUCAAAUGUUUCGCAAAUGACAAAGAAGAUUUUAUUUCUCAACAAAUCAAUAUACGUUUGUAAGCAGAACAAAAAAUUAUGUGUGAAAAAGAAAGCUUUUUUCAUCUCCAACUACUUAAUUAUUUACCAAUUUUUUAAUUUUAAAAUAACUUGUAAUUUAUAUUGUAUUUCAUGUUUUUUUAAUUUUACAUAUUGUAAUUUUUACAAACUCGCAUUAUUUCUUCAAAUCUCAAUGUUUUAGAUAUGUUUAAGCAAUUCUCGUUUUCGUUCAAUGAACUGUCGUUUAAUGAUUGAUCAUCAUUGCAAUAUUGUUUUGAAAAACACUCAAAUUUAGCUUUUAAUACUAAUUAUAUGGUAAAAAAUAAGUGAAUCGUAUAUAGCUACUUUUAAGUUUUCUUUUACUGUUUUUUUUUCUAAUUAAGUACUAUAGUCGUCGCUAUAACAAUGAUAAUUCAUCACAAAAGAAAAAUGGGAAAUAUACAAAAUAAGAAUACAACAAAAACAAAAAACACAUUGUCAAAUAUAAACAAACAAACUAUAUAUGAAUGUAAUUAAUUAAAUAUAUAUUUAAAAGAAAAACACUUAUACAUAUAUACACAACCAAUAAAUGAACAAUAAAUUAUUUAAA